AUGAUCCCAACCGUGACGCACACGACGCCGAGCAAGUCGAGCAGGCGCGGGCCCUCGUUCUGGAGCGCGCUCACGGCGGACGGAAGAGCUGGCGCGAACUCGCGGUCGGAUGAGUAUGAGAAUGCCAAGACGCGCCCGAGACGCUACGGCGCACUCGCGGCUCGAGGAAGAACCGACUACACGAUAGCGACAUUACUGAUGCUUGUUCUCUAUCUCACCCACGCCCUGCUUGCGCGCGAACGCGGUGGUGACUCUUAUCAAGGUGGACGCCCGACGGUCGGCGUGACGCGCGCGAGGCGGAUAGGACCGACGGACCGAGAUGAAGAUAUGGCGCUUGCGCGCACGGUGCGAUCCAAGAAUUACAGCGCCACGAACGUCCCGAAGAGCUUUUACGGUCGCGCGGCGCUUUUGAAAGACGAGGCAGGUUUUCCGUCAACGCCGCCGUUGGUGUUGAGCUCUAAGAAGCCAAAGGCGUACCUGAUGCGGAACUUUCUGAGCCCGCAGGAGUGCGAUCACUUAAUGAUGCUCGCGAAGAGAGAGCUCGCACCAUCGACUGUUGUGGGGGACGGAGGAUCUUCGGUCGCGUCAGAAAUUCGAACCAGUGCCGGGAUGUUUUUGCGCAAAUCCCAAGACGACACUGUGCGCGAGAUAGAGGAGCGCAUAGCGCGGCUGAGUGGUGUGCCGGUAGAUAACGGCGAAGGCAUGCAGAUUCUGCGGUACGAUAAAGGACAGAAAUACGAUCCGCACUUCGAUUAUUUUCAUGACAAGGUGAAUCCGGCGCCGAAACGUGGUGGACAGCGAGUGGCGACGGUGCUUAUCUACCUUGUCGACACUGAAGAAGGCGGUGAGACAACCUUCCCGAACGGCAGAUUGCCUGAAAAUUUUGAGGAGGACGAACCGGAUAACCCAUUCGCGGCGCAUAUCAAACACACUGACUGCGCGAAGAAUGGAAUUCCGGUGAAGAGCGUUCGCGGUGAUGCGAUUUUAUUCUUUUCAAUGACGAAGGAUGGAGAGCUCGACCACGGCUCACUUCACGGAGCAUGUCCUGUGAUUGCCGGGCAGAAAUGGACGGCAGUCAAAUGGCUGAGAGUGGCUAAAUUUGACGGUGGAUUCAAAGACGAACUGCCGAUGAUCCCCUUGACGCGACGCACUGAGAGAGAGCCUUGCGUGGAUGAGUGGGACGACUGCGCUUCAUGGGCCAGAGACGGUUGGUGUGAGCGCAAUCCCGAGUUCAUGAAGUUCGCUGGUGCGCGCGAUUCUCACACCCCAGCAUGCCCCAAGUCGUGCGGCCUGUGUACCUCGACGUGA